AAAAAUGUCUUUUCAGAAGUCAAAGAAUCUGUUUUUGGCCUUUUGCGAAUAUAUGCAUCACGCUACCCAGUCAGGUGCGGUUGCCACUAGCGAAGUUGCAGUGUCUCAGAGAUCUACAGAGGAAGAGGAAAAAUGGCGAAGAAGGCGGCAUUGGGAUGGAUGGAAUGGUUGAGAGGCUGGAUUCACAUCAUAUACGAGAUGCUGUUCCAGAGGAUAAUGGCCAGUAAUCUCGAGAAUCCUUUGCCUUUGCCUCCGGUCGACGACCUCACCUGCAUUGUCACCGGCUCCACCAGUGGCAUCGGCCGCGAAAUUGCCAGGCAAUUGGCGGAAGCAGGAGCACAUGUUGUUAUGGCAGUUAGGAAUACAAAAGCAGCUAAUGAGUUAAUCCAAAAGUGGCAGAAUGAAAGGCCUGAAGGUGGCCUCCCUCUCAAUGUUGAGGUGAUGGAACUUGAUCUUCUCUCCUUGGAUUCUGUAGCGAGAUUUGCUGAAGCAUGGAAUGCACGUUCAGCACCUUUGAAUGUUCUUAUUAAUAAUGCAGGCAUAUUUUCAAUAGGAGAACCACAAAAGUUUUCUAAGGAUGGGUAUGAAGAACACAUGCAAGUAAAUCAUUUGGCUCCUGCAUUGCUUUCAGUGUUGCUUUUGCCAUCCCUUCUUAGAGGAUCCCCUAGUCGAAUCAUUAACGUGAAUUCCAUUAUGCAUUAUCUUGGCUUUGUCAAUCCAGAGGACAUGAAUGUUAACUCUGGGAAGAGAAAAUAUACAAGCUUGGUGGGAUACUCAGGCAGCAAGCUUGCACAGGUUAUGUUUAGUAGUGUCCUCCACAAGCGGCUGCCUGCUGAAGCUGGCAUUUUUGUUCUGUGUGUAUCACCUGGAGUUGUCCAGACAAAUGUGGCAAGAGAUCUUCCCAAAACUGUUCAAGCUGUAUAUCGUCUAAUACCUUAUUUUAUCUUUAGUCCUCAAGAAGGUUCUAGAAGUUCUCUCUUCGCAGCAACUGAUCCCCAGAUUUCAGAGUACUGUGAAUGGUUGAAAGCAGAUGAGUGGCCUGUUUGUGCAUUCAUUUCUCAAGAUUGUCGCCCAGCAAAUCCUUCUGAAGAAGCUCAUAGUAUUGAAACUCAAUACGAAGUGUGGGAGAAAACAUUGGAGAUGAUUGGCGUUCCUUCAGAUGCUGUGGAGAAACUCAUAGAAGGUGAGGAAGUCAAAUGCCGAUAUGGAGCUCAACAUGAAUAGCUCUCAUUUCCCAAAGAAGAGGGAAAAACUUGCUUUUACACUGAAGUCUAUUCAGUCAUCUUAAACAAUGAGAAAGCACCUCCAAUUCCCAGUCCCUUGAUUUUGCUUCCUACUAAAAGGGAAAUUUUACAUCAACUGGAAGAGGUUUUAGGGGCAAUUUUCGGUUUCAUGGGCCAGUGGUAGUAUUAUUUUAUGUUCCCACUUUACUGACAAUUAUAGUUUAGUUCAUUGAAACCAAAGCUACAUAUUGGCAUUGAGCUGUUCCUAAUUUGUAAGAUUGUUGCCAUAGAUUGCUGUCUUAAUAGAAUUCAUCAUUGAGGACGUGCUACCAUGAUGAACUUGAGAUGGUUGUUUAUUUUUUUACGCACUCAAUGGUUAAUGCUGCUGCUGCUGCUGAUGAUGAUGAUAUAAUCAUUCAUUGGUAUUAUCUCAAUUAUUGGCUUAUAAUUCUUGUGAAAUUUACAAAAUAUGAAAGUUAAUUUGAUCAUAUUGUAAUUUAUCUUUAGAGAGAGAUUGAUACACACUCUUGUAAAACAAGAUUAAUGAACGUCUCUAAGUUCA